GGAAAAUCUUUGGCGAAGCAGUCUCGUUGAAACUACAGGAAGAUUAUUUUGCAGUUUUAUUAUCGAGACGACUCAUCGCUUGGAAAUAUCAUGUUUUUUGUGAUCUUCGUAUUAUUCGUGUGCAUAUCCGAUGCGAAACCUAUUGAUUAUGAAGAUGUUGCAAAUUUGUUACCAACGGAACCUCAGACCACGAAUGAUACGUUGGCCGCCGUUGUGCGGGAUCCGGUAGUGCAAGAUGCUGUACAAAAUAUAGUUGGCAAUAGAUCCUUAGAAGGCUUGGUGAUAAAGAAGAAAAUACUUGUUAUGCCCGCCACUGAACCUACUAAGGUGGUGUCACAAAGUGAGCAGAUUCUUGUCGUUCCCGUGGAGAAUUUAGAGGAUGUACGGAAAAAUAUAACAGAAACUGUGAAUGCAAAAACUGAUGUAGAUGAUUUAAUAUCUACAGAUGUUCAAUUUUUUACUGAAAACGAUGAAAAUGGAUACAUAAACUCGGAAAGUAAAGAUCUUUCGUCUUAUGCAUCACAGUACGACGAUUUAUACGAAGCAUCAACCGAGACAUUUAAAAGUACGCGGAAGCCGUUCCUUACCGAUAACAUAUCUCAAGAAAUUCCAUAUCUUAUGUCAAACCCGAACCAGGAAAUAAUGUCGUCGGAAUAUCCACCACUCACAAUAUCGAUACCAAUCAUCGCAUUUCUCGAACCUGCAAAAAUUUCUGAUGAUAAAGUUGACGUGCCAAUCUCGGCAGUACCAAUGCAAGAUGAAAUUUUAAAAACUCAAUUAGAAAACAGCCAUGAUGAAGUUCAACAGAAUGUUCAAAAUUACAUCGAUGAAAGGAACAUGGAUCCUAAUAAUUGGCAACUUGAUCUAUCCUCUUCGGAGAUGGGAGUAUCACCUUCUCUGUAUAAGUCGAAUACAAAACAGAUCAAGUACAUGAAUGACAUUAAUUCCGAAAAUUCGUUGCCUGUCAAAAUGUCUCGUGUCGAUAUUACACCACUCUUUUGGACUUCGGAUGCGGACAUUAAUUAUCCCAAAGAUCCACACGAUAUGGAAGUUGCCGCAAAUAUUGUUUUUAGACCGUUCUUCAAAUACCGACAAGAGGUGCAGCAGAGAUCUUAUAGAAAUCCGGCUUAUCAAAGAUACAAUUCUUACACUUCUUAUCCGAGACAAAAUUAUCGAUAUAGACUCUGAUAAUUUCAAUGAUUAUUAUUAGUAUUUUAACGGUAGUGAAUAUUCUUAUUACUAUUAAAAUAAUUUAUCAAGCGUAAAUAAUUAUCUUUCAUAAUUGUCAAGUUAAAUUACAUACGUUAAUUUAAAUUAUGUAAAAAUACAAUUUAUUAAAUUUAUUAUUUAUUGCGAUUUUUAUAUUUUUAACUCGACUUUAAGUGUCUAUAACAAGUCUAUAAAAUUUAAAUAAUAAAAUGAAUUAGACUAAUAUUUGAGUUAAUAAAUAUUUAUUAAUAAAAUAUCGAUAAUUGUAACUAAGCAAUUAUCAAAGAAAAUAAAAAAUUAAUUAAGAUAAAUUA